CCCACCUCUUCUCAUCUUUACUCCCUUCAUGCUCAUCUAACCCCAACAGCAUGCCACCGCCAGAACCGUUCUGGAUAUGCCACCAGGUACGUUUGGCGCUCUCGUCUCUAUGUCCCGCGUCAACCCGCGGCGCGACAACGGAACCUCACAGACCACUCCUUUCCCCAUGCCUCAAGCGGCCGUCGGUGUCCAGCCAAGGAACAUGCUGAUAUCAGUGCGGCGCAACGAUGCGUCCCCUGACCAUUGAUGGCGUUCCGCAAUGUGCCUCAUGUCACUCAGAGUUCAUCGAGAUCCUUGACGCCGAGAUCAACCCCGACCCCAUGCAUGAGCUCCCACUGCCGCCACCGGUCCGACCUGGUCGUGUUCCUCCACCCCCCUAUCCGCCGCCCGGCAACCGUCCCAUCGGGCCUGGCCAGCAGCGACCCCAGCAGGACGACGACGUUGGCGGCGGUCUACUCGGCGGCAUACUUGGUCUGUUCGGCGGUGGCGGACCCACCGCUUCCGCCGACAUGCCGCAGCCGCCCCGCGGCCCCGGUCAGCAGCGGGGCGGCGGGCGCUCGUUUGAGUGGAACAUCGGGAACGGUGCCGUCCGGGUGCAAGGAUUUUCGGGCCCAGUGAGGGCUGACACUACGCUGGGACACCCAGCAGCUCAUAAUCCCUGGGUCGGUGGCUACAACGGUGCGCCCGGUCGCGAAGAUCAGGGCCUUGAUGCCUUCUUCCGCGGCUUCGGUGCGCCCUCUCCGGGCGUGCGUGCACGUGGUGGAGGGGCACGACAGCCAGACCACUUUGACGGCGAGGACAUCCUGCAGGCCCUCAUGCAGAUUAUCAUGGACGAGGGCAUGUACCCUUUCCCCGCCGGGACUGGCGGUCAGAUGGGCGACUAUGUGAUGACUGAGCGGGGGUUUGAUGACAUUCUAGAGCGCUUGAUGCAGGCUGCAGGUCCACAGGGCCCACUUCCCGCAUCACAAGAGACAAUCAGAAGUCUUGAGCGCUUCACCUUUGACGAGAAGACGCUUGCGGCGAGCCAGUACAAGGACUGUCCCGUGUGCAUGGACGACUUCAAGGUAGGCGACGCUGCCAUGAAGAUCCCCUGCGGGCACGAGUUCCACCCGGACUGUCUCACGCCGUGGCUCGAGACGAACGGCAGCUGCCCCGUGUGUCGGCAUUCGCUCGUGCCAGGGGAAGGAGAGAGCACACCAGCGACAGGAGCUCAGCAGCCGCCGCACGCUGGUCCCUCCAACCGCAGUUCCCAGCCUCCUCCGCCUUCUGAGCCAAUUCCACCCGCUUCCUCCGGCGUUCUGAGUGGCGCGCAGGGCGCGAUCACGAGCGUUCUCAACCGGCUCUUCGGACAGGCAGGGACGACUGAUCCACCGCCCGCUCCGGCAGAUAUCCACCGCCCGAGCUCUAGACCGCAAGCGUCGAGCUCUAGUAUUCCGCAGGCGUCAGCUGCACAGGCCAACGCAACAGACGACCCGCCCGAGCAGCGCAUUGACUUUGACACGCCUAUCCGCACCGGCUCGUCCGUUAACCCGAGGCGGCCUCUGCCAGAGUGGGCGCAAAUGGCGCGGGGAGGGCCGCGCGCGCGCUACGGUUCACCUCCUCCUGACCUGCCGCCGUCACCGCCCCGCCCGACACGCCAGUCUCCGCCUCUCCCGGCGUCGAGCGGUGGGUCCAGCACCUUUGGGCAGGGUGGUCUUGUGCCUCAAGGCGAUCUGUUCGACUCGGAUGUCGCCCAGUUCCGUGCAACUCGCGCGGCGUGCGAUGUCAAGGAGAUUCCCUGGAACGCACCCAACCACCAGCAUGUUGGUGUGCGCUAUGUGCUUCUCGGGGACGAAACGGAGGUCGACGAGCCGCGCCUGUUCUGCCACGCUCCCGGGUCUAAUGCGAUCGGCGACUUCGGUCUGCUCCAGCUUCGCCGCGUCGCUGGCCGCGCGGAGGAGGGCCCCAUUCGCGAAGGUCGUAUGUGCUGUCAUGUCGUGGAGCACGGCGUGCCCGGUGAGGCGGCAAUGGGGAGAAUCAUGCGCGAGUGCGGCGGCGUGUCUGACGAGCCCGCGGCGCUGAGCUACUCUGGCGUGAGACCGAGUUCGAUCUCUGCGGAAGAUGUUGACUAAGUAGGAUGAGCCAUGCAUGGAAUCAGCUCUAGCGUACAAAUCUAUGCAACAUGGAGCGAUCAACGACACUUUGCGCGCCGCACACCUCCGAUCGUCUGACACUCUCGACAAAUCCACUUGCACACUCUCACAC